AUAUUGUAAAAUAAUACCUUAUUCCUGUCAUUCAAUGAUGAUGUUGACCCAAACUGAAGGUUUCAGGCCUAUAUUUCCGGCCUUGCAUUUGCAUCUGACGGGUCCGCCGGGUUCUAUCCUGGAAACGUUUCACGUUUCGAGUUAUCUGCGAAGUUGGGAUCUAGGAGAUUCUAACUUCUCCCACCUCUAAGGCUUGUCGAAGAACGAAUUUUCAUUUAUACUUUGAUCUAUCAUAUUUAGUUUUCUUUAUCUCUUGUGAGGGGUUUCUGAGACUAUUAAGUUACAUAGAUAUCAAAAGGCUAACGUUUUCGAUACACAAUGUUUAUUCCUGUGGAUAAUAAUUACCAUUGAGUAAUCCAGAUUUACUCCUCAAAUACGCAGUGUUAAAUUAUCGUGUUUUGUUUUUCUGCAAAGCUACUGAACAUGUUGCUUGAAAUAGCAGACGUAGUUAUAAAAAACGGCCAUGUUAUUGACCCAGCCAAUGGAAUCGAUGGAGUCACAGAAGUUGCUAUGAAAGAUGGAAAAAUCAUGGCAGUUGGAGAUAAUCUCGAAUUCCAACAUGAGCCAUUGCAAGUGUUUGAUGCGAAGGGUUGCUUGGUGAUGCCAGGUUUGAUUGACAUGCACACACAUGUCUACCAGUAUGCCACCCCCCUUGGGGUUAACGCAGAUGAAACAUGUUUAUCACGUGGUGUUACAACAGUUGUGGAUGCUGGUAGUGCAGGUGCCACAACAUUCCAAGGUCUCUGCAAGUAUGUUGCAGAGAAAAGCCAGACAAGAGUGUUUGCAUUUGUGCAUGUUGCAAACCACGGCCUGAGCUCUGCUGGAUGCACAAAAGAAGGUGGUGGAGGAGAAUGUGACUCUCUCAAUCAAGUUGACCCUGCUAUGUGCGCUGAUUGCAUAGCCUCUAACAGAGAUAUUACUGUGGGAGUGAAAGUACGGCUAUCCUGGCAUGUCUCAAAUAAUGGUGCUAAUGAAUUAGAAAGCUAUCGAAGAGCACUAGCAGCAUCUAAAAAAGCCAGGGUACCUCUCAUGGUUCAUCAUGCUAUUUCUACUAUCCCAACUGAUGAUAUUGCAGGUCAUGAUGGCUUGAGUUGUCCAGGAAGUCUCAUGAAAGGUGAUAUCUAUACACACUGUUUCAGUGGUUUCAAUGGGACAAUCAUUGACCCUGCUACCAAACAAAUCUACUCAUCUGUUCUUGCGGCCCAUAACAGAGGGGUCAUCUUUGAUGUAGGGCAUGGCAGAGGAUCAUUCUCCUGGACGGUUGCUGAACUUUGUGCUAGUCAGGAUUUCUGGCCUGAUGUCAUCAGCACUGAUUUGCAUGUAGACUGCCAGAAAGGGCCAGCAUAUGACUUGCCAACAGUUAUGACAAAAAUGCUCCAUGUUGGUAUGCCACUUAAUGAAAUAAUCAAAGCAGUCACCAUUACACCAGCAACCGUCAUUGGAUGGGGUGACACAAUAGGCUCACUAUCAAAGACUAAAGUAGCUGAUGUCACUGUCCUGAGGGAAGAGGCUUGUUCAAUCAAGAUGGAGGAUAGCCAAGGGCAAGUUCGCACAGUUGAAAAGCGACUUGUUCCUGUUGCUGUUUGGAGAAAAGGAGAGCAACAUCAGAUAUCCAUGGAGGAUGUCAUCCCUUGUCAUAACAUAGAAGCACUGUACAUGGACUGGGACAAACUUGUUGUAAAAGAUAAACAAAACCCCCAAAAAGAAAACUUAUCUUAAAUCAGCCUGCAGUUACCUUAUAGAGAGAACUCAAUAAAACUACAUCUCAAUAGUUUGUCAAACUUAAAGCACAAGCACUUUACAAAUUCGCCAUGUGACACCUAUCGCUAAAAGGUUGAAUUGUGUAUGUUUACAUUAGACUUAAGCUUCUCUGUGUGAAGUAACUGGUUCCUAAAUAUGAGCACAGUAAUUAUUAAUAUUCUAUAUAAAUAGCCAGUGAAAGCUGCUUCCAGGCCACAACUAUGCAGCAAUGCUCCUAGAUUGACGCAAAAUAUUACCAUAUCAUGUAUCAGUACAAAAAAUUUUAUUUCACAUCAAAACUUAGUCAUGUGAAAUAUACAAAUUACUACACAGUUAUGUAGCUUUUACAUGGAGUGGAUACAAUUACAAUAUUGGAAAAGGCAGGUGUACCAAGCUUCAAUCUCAGAAUACAGUAGAUACAUAUCAAAAUUUUAUAGGAUUUCUAAAACAUUCUCCCUAAAACCCUUGAAUGAUUUGCGCAAAUUACAAACUAGACACUAAGCUUACCAAAGUUAUUUUUGAAAAGCUACUGUAGUUGCAUUUCUUUCUGUUUAAUAAAACUUAAGUUAUGAUAAUCACAAA